AUGGAUUCCUACGAUCCUCAAAAUAACAACUGGAGUCCUAUGGAGUUCUACGAUGAUCCGGAUAACGAAUGGAGUCCUAUGGAGGCCUUCGAUGCUCAGAAUAACAAAUGGAGUCCUAUGGAGUCCUACGAUGAUCAAGAUAACAAAUGGAGUCCUACGAUGCUCAGGAUAGCAACUGGAGUCCUAUGGAGGCCUACGUUGCUCAAGAUAACAACCUCCUCCUACUCCACUGCCUCCGCCUCCUCCUCCGCUUCCUCCUCCGCUUCCUCCUCCGCCUCCGCCUCCGCCUCCGCCCCCGCCGCCCCUCCGCCUCCUCCGCCUUCUCAUCCUCAUCCUCCUCCUAAUCCUCCUCCUCCUUCUCUUUCUCCUUCUUCUCCUCCUCCGUCUCCUCCUUUCAGCGGCGUCGAUCACCAACGCCCGGGGAUUAAGAUAGCAAACGCCGUGUUCGGCGGAAUGUUCGUUGGUACCUGUUGUCCAGAGGUCAUUGAUGGGGCAAUUGGGCUUAAUUGGCUAAGGCGUUACAGGUAUUACAUAGGGCCGCCCUCCUCCUCCUCCUCCUCCUAUUCCUCCUCCUCCUCCUCCUCCUCCUCCUCCUCUCCAGCCACGUCGGGGAUUAGUCGAGUGAGACAGAGGUUCAUCCUGAAGGAUUCCCACUCUCAGAGUGAUGAAGAAUCUCGAUGCAUUUAUGGUCGCUCUUGGAAAUUGCUGUUUAUUACUUUCAUCAUAAAAGGUUGA